AUGUCCUACCCCGUGACCAGUCAGCCCCAGUGCGCCACCACCAGCUGCUACCAGACCCAGCUCAGCGACUGGCACACAGGUCUCACGGACUGCUGCAACGACAUGCCUGUCUGUCUGUGCGGCACUUUUGCUCCUCUGUGCCUCGCCUGCCGCAUCUCCGACGACUUCGGCGAGUGCUGCUGCGCGCCCUACCUGCCCGGAGGCCUGCACUCCAUUCGCACCGGCAUGCGGGAGCGCUACCACAUCCAGGGCUCCGUCGGGCACGACUGGGCGGCCCUCACCUUUUGUCUGCCCUGCGCGCUCUGCCAGAUGGCGCGGGAGCUGAAGAUCCGAGAGUAAGGAAGUUCCCUGUCUUCCCCGUCCUUUUCCACCAGUCUCACCUCUGGCCUUAUCUGGCCACUCCUGGGAGGGACUGCCUCACCACCCCUGUCUCGCUGCCAGAAAUACACCCACAAUAAAAACCUGAAAACCAA